AUGGCGCUGCCUCGCUCCACGAGUCAAGAGCGAAACAUCUUGCGUCCGCGACCGACAAGGGCGUUGCCGGAGGCCUUACGUGCUUCUGGCCAAGUACAAUCCCUUUCCACUGCAAGGAAAGCUGCUCGUGCUCAGGCCAAGCACCGCUUAUUCUAUACGAUCGAUUACGUUUCUCGAGUCUCCUAUUUCGAUGCGCGGAGCGAAUACCGCGACUUCCGGGGCUUCUUUGUCCUUUUCUGGAUCAGUCUGACCAUCAUGGUAAUCACGACUUGCUUGAGAAAUAUCAAAGAGACGGGCCACCCUCUGCGGGUCGAAGUAUAUGCCCUGUUGUCCCGGAAUGUCAUUUCCCUGGGCCUCAGCGAUGCCGCCAUGGUGGCGAGCACCGCGUUGAGCUUGCCCAUUCAAAAAGUGGCACGCGGCACGAAUGGCGUCCUGCGAUGGCGAAGAGCUGGAAUCUGGAUACAAAGCACGUUUCAAGCGCUAUGGUUGGCAUUAUGGGUGAGCUGGCCAUUCUUGCUGGGCUGGACCUGGACUGCGCAAGUGUUUUUCGCUCUCCACACCUUGACCUUCCUCAUGAAGAUGCAUUCUUACGCAUUCUAUAAUGGCCAUUUGGCCGAGACCGAGCGACGACUACGAGCCCUCGACAAGCCAGAAACGGCAGACCGAGGCAAGGCCGUCAAGUAUCCCAGCUCUCCUUCUCGCUUGCGCCAGAUGGAUUCGGAGAGUUCCGAGGAAGAGAAAGAAGAGGAGCAAGAUCUGGCCCAGCUCCGACGAGAUUUGGCCACCGAGUUGACUUCUCCCCUUGGGCAAGUCACAUACCCCCAAAAUCUCACCCUGUAUAAUUACAUCGACUACGUCCUAUGCCCAACUCUCUGCUACGAGCUCGAGUACCCCAGGACACCCAAAAUCCGAUGGGAUGAACUCUUCUACAAGACCCUUGCCGUCUUCGGCUGCAUCUUUUUGAUGAUCACAAUCAGCGAGGAAUUCAUCAUGCCGGUCCUAGCCGAAUCGGCUGCCCGGCUGCGUCUGACAACAUCUCUUUCAGAAAUGGCCUUGAUUUUGGCCGAGACCACCAGCAUGAUGCUGUUCCCAUUCAUGAUCACCUUCCUGCUGGUCUUUUUGGUGAUCUGGGAGUACAUCCUAGGCGCGUUUGCAGAGAUCACCUGCUUCGGUGAUCGCCAUUUCUACUCGGACUGGUGGAAUUCUAGCGACUGGCUCGAAUUCAGCCGCGAGUGGAACAUUCCGGUCUACCACUUUCUUCGCAGACACGUCUUCUUCUCGUCCAAGACGUACUUCUCAACUCCAGUUGCCAUGGCAAUCACUUUCCUGGUCAGCGCGCUGGGUCAUGAGCUGAUCAUGGGCUGCAUCACCAAGAAACUGAGAGGGUACGGCUUCUUUGCAAUGAUGCUACAGCUGCCAAUAGUAGCACUGCAGAGGAGCAAACUGGUUCGAGGACGAUGGGUGCUCAACAAUGCGGCAUUUUGGGGCAGCAUGAUCCUGGGCCUGAGCACCAUGUGUAGCUUAUAUGUCCUGGUCUGA